GAGGAAGGGGUUAAGAGGGGGAGGAGGAAGAAGAAGAAGGAAGAAGAAGAAGAAGAAGAAGAGUGUUAUUGCAAGAGAAAAUCAAAACCGAGUAGAGUGUUGAGAGCUACGUGGUGGGUGCAUCGGGGUUGUGCUGAAGGUGUGUGCUGAAAGAGUGUGGUGCGCUCGCGCGCGAAGUGCAGAAAACGACGAUGGAAUAUCGGUGAGGUCACGAGGUCACCGCAGAAUGCCUGAGCCGAGGGCGAAGCGCUGUAAACACUGUGACGAGUCUGGCCACAGGUUGGACAGCGGCUCCCCAUUUUGGAGGAUACAGCUCGAUCAGGAUCUUCUCGAUACCAUUAGCGCCAUUUAUCCGGAGUGGUUUAAGGAUUAUACUAACGGUCGUGCCGCCUCUACGUCUACUACGUCGACAAGUACUUCCGGAUCUCGAACGAACAACGGGAGCAACGUGGCGACUGACUCGAGCGGUGUCCUCGAACACAAGGUCGCCAAGGGCGAUUCCAAGUUGAAAGCUAAUAAGCCAAAAAGGGCUGACAAUUUUAAAGAAAAGGAUAGGGAAAGGAAAGACCCUAGACGCGAUAACAAAGAAGAUAGAGACGGUGGAAACGGUAAGAAAAGUACGACGAAGGUUUCGCCGCAGCAGGAUAAAACGACUGUCGACGUGGCAGGAAGGAAGACCGCGGGUGUUCUUCCAGUAUCAGGAGCAGAAAUGGCCGAAGGCAAUCAGUCGCCGCCUAAGGCGGAGGUCGACGACUCGCCCCUUCAACAUGCCAUGGAUCGCAACAAGGAGUCGUUGAAGGUGAAGCUCAUGCUGAGGCGGCCGAUAAAUCAACUGGUUGCCCAGGGCAUUAUGCCGUCUCUGAAAACUCCGCCGGCGUUUCACGAACAGAGGAAACAACUCGAACGGGCGAAAACUGGUGAUCUGUUAAAGGCAAAGAUCCAACAGAGACCCGGUAGGGAAGAACUCGUGAGGCAGCAUAUCCUUGAAGAUGUGGGUCACGUUGAUCCAAGCCUAGCCGAGAGGCAACGUAUGCUGAAGAAGGCCAGAUUAGCCGAUCAAUUGAACGAUCAACUCAGUCAUCGGCCUGGCCCCCUUGAACUUAUUCAAAAGAAUAUUCUUCAUACGGAGGAACCCAUCGAAAGGGCGGUAAAAGAGGGACACAUUCCCUUCAAGGCGACGUGUGAGGGACAAGUAACGAAACCCCAACAUCCGGAUCAUUACAUCACAUUUGAAGAUGAUUCCCAAAGUUCGGAAGGUGCACCUUCGCCGCAAUUGGAGUCCCGUUCUGACGUAUUGGAAACUGCAGCGGCCUCCGCGGGAAUCGUCACGGUGUCUCUCAGCAUCCCUACAACCGGUGGCGCGGUCGUUGUUUCCUCGACGUCACCAGUUUUUCAACAAGCAUCCGGAACGGAACCUACGAUACAAACGUUUGCGGAACUAUGCAACACGGUCGUUGGCUCGCAACACCAAACGCAACAAGCUCAACACCACCCGUCUGCUCAGGCGAAUCAAACGAAUGGAGCAUCGGGCACGUUACUCCCAUUGGCGCCGGCAUCGAGUCCCAUGUCUUUGGGAUCGACCACUUCGAGUCUAAGUCCCCUGUCGAAUAUUUCGAUAGCCUCUCCACCGGCUCCACCACCGGCAGCCAUAACUCCUAGACCACAACCCAGUCCGAUAGCUUCUUCGGCAUGUCAAAGAAACGAUGCACCUGGCAAGGACAAGAAUCGAAAAAAAUCAAAGACCAAGAGCCAACCUAAGACGCGUACGAUCAAGUUUCACGAGUACAAAGGUCCGCCAAACGCACAAAAGACAUCGGUUUCGUCUACGCCCUCCGGUCUCGGCUCGGCGCCACCCGGCGAGACGAGCUAUGAGCUGCUCCUGCAGCAACAACAACUAUUCCUUCAAUGGCAGCUCGAAUGGCAGCACAAGUAUCCUCAGAUUAUAUUACCAGCCGCGCAGAAACCAUUGUCUCUUACCAGCAGCGGUGCUAGCGAUGCCGGAAGUAUUAGCGGAAGUAGCGCGAACGCUCCGAGUCCUGCGCCAUCGAAUGCCUCAAACAAUCCAUCAGAACAACCUCCGCUCAGGCCUUUGGGUAAAUUGGAAGAUAUGAAAGUGAGCGAUCUUAAAGUCGAAUUGAAACGACGCAAUUUGCCGGUGUCAGGUUCGAAGCCACAACUGAUCGAACGGUUAAAACCAUUCACGGAAUCUUCUAGCGGGAAUACAAACUCCAACGGACCACACGUCACGCACAUGGGUCAUAUCUUAAUGGACACGCCCGGUCCUAUGACGUCCGACGAAUCGAGUUCACACGCUAAGAGCCCUAGUUCGAUCGUCAAGGACGAACCGAAUAGCCCGCGGACAGAUUCACCUCAUGGCAGCGAACACGACGAUCCGUCGAGCCCACCAGGAGACGAUAUCAUCAAAGAACAAAGAAAACGGAUAGAAGAGUUGCAAAGGGAGUUGUAUAAAUCCCAACAACAGCUUCAACAAAUUCGACAAACUCAGCCCGCAACUGUCCGCGCCGAGAAAUUGGUGCUGCAACAACAUAUCCAGAGCAAGAUGCAACAACAACAAUUAGCAUUACAUUUACAACAGUUACAACAUUUACAGCAACAGCAACAACAGCAACAGCAAUUGCAACAACAACAGCAACAGCAACAAAGUCAUCAACAGUCUCAGCAACAAAUGCAGCAACAACACGCGACUUUCCAGCAUCUCAAUGCGAAAGCCAGUUUGGCAGCUUUUCUGCAGACGCAACCGAACAAUGCAACUACUAUUUUGGAUUCCACAACACUCACGGCAAAUAACAAUAGGAGAAAUCAAGCGAAGAAUAGUACAACCGUUCAAAUACCUACCGCAAUAGUUUUGAAUUUAGCGAAACCAGCAAAACUGAACGGAUCGUUUCUCGGUGCUCUAGUCGCGCAAGCCCAAGCUCAACAACAACAGCAAACGAGCAAUACAGAGGAUGGUAAACCACCUCCACCACAAUAUGACGAAGCAGCCAAAUUAUUGAAGGUCAAGAUAGAACCGGUUCAAAAGAGUCAUAUCAAGAGUCAAGUGGUAGAUGACGUGUUGGAAAUUCUUAUUAAAAACGGCGAACUUCCGCCAAGUGCUGCUCAAGAUCCAGCUACGCCUACAACACCAAAUCGUCAGUUACAGCAAAAUUUGGUGUUUACCGCGCCAGCGGACAGUCCAACUCAAUCUUUAGUAUUCGCGGCCGCUAGUCCUAUCAGUCCGAUCAGCCCAAUGGCAAUGGAGGUAUCUCAGAGUGGUUGUCCUAGUCCGUCGACGUCGACAUCGGCAUCGGCAUCUGCCUCCGCUGCGGGAUCGGCUGCAGCACCUCCACCUCCUCCGCCAUUACCAUUGGCAACCUUUUCUAUUCAAUUACCCACUGCCUUGCAGCAAUUACAACAACAAGAAGAUAUGUCCUCGUUCGGAACACAUCUUUUGAAUUCGGAUAACGAUUUGGACACCGCCAUGCUACUGAGUCCUGAAUCUGUGAACGAAGCCUCACCUGAUCCUCAACCACCGCAAGAGGUCACUUCAUCGGAUAACGCUAAUUUAGAUCUUAAAGAACUUGGAUUGGAUCUGGAAACAUUGGGUACGAUGGAUUUUGGUCAACUCGACUGUGGUCUAGGAGUGAAAAUGGAAACUACUAACGAACUUAUGGAUAUAGCGGACAUGCCAAUGGACAUGGACGACCCCGAUUGGUUGGACUCCUUGAUGCCGCAGUCUCCUCCUUCUUCUACACCUAUGUCGAUUCAACAAUCGGUUCAACCGAUUACAUCGUUAUCCUCGGCAACGGAUAUCUACGAUCCGUUGCUAGCAAGUAGUCAAGAUCCUUUCGAUCUCUUUAACAUGGAAGACUCCGACUUCAAGAUGUCAUCCGAACUCUCUCUAACAUGGGACAAGGUAGACUUUGCUACCUAGCCCGAGAUUUAUUCCCAAAACUCAACUUUGUGUACUUAAAAGUUAACGAACAAGAGAGACACGGACUACUACUACUACUACUACUAUUACUACUACUACUACUACUACUACUGCUAUUACUAUUACUACUACUACUAAUCCUUGGCACCAUGUACAUCGCGUUUGGACACGAGUGUGUAAUACGAAUAAACGUAUACAUGAUCAUAGUGCAAAAAUUGUACCAAGUGUAGGUGUCGUCGGUAUUCGUUUUGGAUGCAGUAAUCACCGUUGGCCGAACAACGAGCCCUCCCUCCCAGACUCUGUCGACAAGCUCGAAUGCUUCGUGCCAAAGAACUUCUAUAUUUGAUCGUAAGGAAAAGUGAACGAUUCCAAGUGAAUUUAUCAUGAAUCGGAAGUCGAGAGAAGCAUAUCUUAGGUAAGCGAUCAUCGAAGGCUAAAGAGGAAUUUCUUUUUUUUUUUCUUACAACGUGUGCACCCUCGGUCUUCUUUGAUCGUUUAAAAAGAAUAUAAUGAAACGAAAAAAAAAAAAAGAAACAAAUAAAAAAAAUAUGUCAACGCACAUAAUCGUUGUUCUUCCAAAAGAUAUCACGAAUCCUAUCGCUGUAUAGUGGUCAUUAAAAUAAACCGCGCCUUAUUAAUGGCAAGUUAGUUAGAGUUUUUCUAUCUAACCACUGUUGCGGUUUCCUAAUUUCAAAAUGAUAUCGGAUCUCUAAAUAAGGAGCAAUUAAACUUGCUCUAAAACGAGAAUUUAAGGGCAACGAGUGACUAAUCUUUUCAAAAUUCUCCAAAGAGUCUUCUUACGACGUUUUUAGAUAUGUAGUUCGUACUCUUAUCCAGUCUACGAGAUCGUGUGUUGCUUGAGUUUUAAUAAUCGCAAAUUAGCGUGUGUGCAAAACAUAAACAAACAAAAAAUGUAUACAGAAAAAACGAGAAGUACCGCUCAUACGUUCUUCUGGUUUUGGUACUCUUUUCCUGAACCCUUCCCUUUCCCUUUAUAUAUAUAUAUAAAAUAGAAACCAUAAUCAAUCGUAACAAAACUGCAUAAUUACAUUUACGAAUAUUUAAUAUAAUUAAAAAGAAAAAAAAAAAAAGAAUAAUUGUAAAGGUAUACAUACGUUAGAUAGAUACUUAUAUAUGUAAAUUAUAUCAUCUUAUAUACAUAUACAUAUAUAUGUAUGUACGCCUCAGUCUAAAAGUUGAGCUUGGUUUUUUUUUUCUUUUCGUGGAAAAGCUCGUAUCGAUCGACUUUUAGCGGCGCAAUUGCGAUAUUUUUUAAGCCAGAGCAUGUGAUGUUAGAAGGUACAUAUACUUUAAUCUAUAAUAUUAUAUAUAUAUGUGGAAAGUACGAAUUGCUUUGUAGUAACAAAAGAACAUUGGUCUCGUUACCGAGGUCGCGGCUUGGCGCGAUUCCUUCAGCUUUUUUCCCCAGAUGACAUUUCUCAUGCUUUUUAUUUUACUUUUUAUUUUUUUGUUCAUUCCUUUUCUGUCUGUCUCUUUCUCUCUCUCUCUCUCUCUCUCUCUCUCUCACUUUGAUUGUUCUUGUUUUAUGACAUUCCAUGUUUCUGAACUCAUGACAAACUAGAAUGAGAUUUCAUACCCAAAAAAAGCUGCCAACCUCUUUGUAUAACCAGUUCUGAGAAUUUCGGUUGGCUCGUUGAAAAUUUCUAUGGUGUUUUCAUAAAAAAAAAAAAAAAA